AUGGGAACCAAUCCUUCCGCCAUGUCGUUCCUCACCAAUAUAGCACGCGCCGCCUUCGGUCUAGGAACCGCUGUCACCGUCGUCAAUUCCUCCCUCUACACCGUCGAUGGCGGCCAGCGCGCCGUUCUCUUCGAUCGUUUCCGUGGAGUCAUUGACGAGACUGUUGGGGAAGGCACUCAUUUCCUCAUCCCAUGGCUCCAGACGCCGUACAUCUUUGACAUACGUACAAGGCCUCACACAUUCUCAUCGAUCUCCGGCACGAAAGAUCUUCAAAUGGUUAACCUAACUCUCCGUGUCCUCUCACGCCCCGAAGUCAACCGAUUGCCGGCGAUUUUUAAAACCCUUGGUCUCGAGUACGACGAGAAGGUUCUUCCAUCGAUCGGAAACGAAGUUCUGAAGUCCGUCGUUGCUCAAUUCAACGCGGAUCAGCUUCUCACUGAGCGUCCACAGGUUUCGGCUUUGGUUCGUGAUAGUUUGGUCCGCAGGGCUAAGGAUUUCAAUAUCGUCCUUGACGACGUUGCGAUCACUCACUUAUCGUACGGCGCUGAGUUCUCGAAGGCGGUGGAGCAGAAACAGGUGGCGCAGCAGGAGGCGGAGAGAUCUAAGUUUGUGGUGGCGAAAUCUGAGCAGGAACGACGGGCGGCGAUUAUUAGGGCUGAAGGUGAGAGCGAGUCUGCGAAAUUGAUUUCUGAUGCCACUUCUGCUGCUGGAAUGGGAUUGAUCGAGCUUAGGAGAAUUGAAGCAUCGAGGGAGAUUUCUGCAACUUUGGCUAGGAGUAACAAUGUCAUGUAUCUUCCAAACACAGGGAGCCAGAUGCUUCUAGGGCUUAAUCCUUCUCGCUAA